GCUCAGUCUGUGACGUCAGCGCGGUCUGCCGCUACCAGCGGCUCAUUAAAGAUGGCAGCGGCGGCGGAGAGCAGGUUGAAGCAGCGGAAUCACAAAAACAGCGUCUUCACGGACGGUGACCACAGGUUUAAACCUGACUCUUCCCUGAUGAUGCGUGAAGAGGAGGAGGAGGAGGAGGAGGACGACGACGACUAUGGCGACGAUCUGCUGGAGGAGGAGGAGGAGACAGAUGAGGAGGUGGGCGUGGCCAGGCCUGUGCAGAUUGUAGUGGCAAACGAGGAGGAGCAUUCUUUCACGCUGCAGGAGGAGGCGCUAGAGAGGCUGCUGCUGCAGGAGGAGGUACGGGACCUCCACGUUGUCGUCGUCUCCGUGGCUGGAGCUUUUCGCAAGGGCAAGUCCUUCCUGCUGGACUUCAUGCUGCGCUACAUGUACAAACAGUCCAGUUCAUGGGUCGGUGACGAGGACGAGCCUUUGACAGGCUUCACCUGGCGCGGCGGCUGUGAGAGAGAGACCACGGGAAUCCUGGCCUGGAGCGAGGUGUUCGUGGUGGACAAACCAGACGGCAGCAAGGUUGCAGUUCUACUAGUUGACACACAGGGGGCGUUUGACAGUCAGUCUACCAUCAAAGACUGUGCCACACUGUUUGCACUGAGCACCAUGACCAGUUCUGUCCAGGUUUAUAAUCUGUCUCAGAACGUCCAGGAAGACGACCUUCAGCACCUGCAGCUAUUCACAGAGUACGGACGACUGGCCAUGGAGGAAGUCUACGAGAAACCUUUCCAGAGUCUGAUGUUCUUGAUCCGAGACUGGAGUUACCCUUACGAACAUUCAUACGGUCUGGACGGUGGGCGGAGCUUCUUGGAGAAACGUCUGCAGGUGAAGCAGAACCAACACGAGGAGCUGCAGAACGUCAGGAAACACAUCCACUCCUGUUUCUCCAACAUCGGCUGCUUCCUGCUGCCUCAUCCCGGCCUCAAGGUGGCGACCAACCCGCAGUUUGACGGUCGGCUCAGAGACAUCGACCAGGACUUUAAACGUGAGCUGGUGAAUCUUGUCCCGACGCUGCUGUCUCCAGAAAACCUGGUGGUAAAAGAGAUCGGAGGAGAGAAGAUCACGUGCAGGGACCUGCUGCAAUACUUCAGAGCUUACAUGAAGAUCUACCAGGGGGAGGAGCUUCCUCAUCCAAAGUCAAUGUUGCAGGCAACAGCUGAAGCCAAUAACCUUGCAGCUGUAGCCGGAGCCAAAGACGUGUACAACAAAAGUAUGGAGCAGAUCUGCGGCGGAGACAAACCCUACAUCUCGCCGGCGGAGCUGGAGCGCCGUCACGCGGAGGUGCGGCAGGCAUCGGUGCGACACUUCCGUGCCGUGAAGAAGAUGGGCGGCGAGGACUUCUGCCGGCGCUACCAGGAGCAGCUUGAGGCGGAGCUAGACGAGGCCUACGUCAACUUUGGCAAGCACAACGACGGCAAGAACAUCUUCUACGCGGCGCGGACGCCCGCCACGCUGUUCGCCGUCAUGUUCGUCAUGUACGUGGCGUCGCUGGUCACCGGCUUCGUGGGCAUCAACUCUGUGGCGACGCUGUGUAACCUGGUGAUGGGCGUGGCUUUGACGGCGCUCUGUGUCUGGGCUUAUGUCAAAUACUCUGGAGAGUUCCGUGAGGUGGGAGGAGUCAUCGACCAGGUGGCUGAAAUACUCUGGGAACAGAGGACGCCACGAAAGCUUCUCUCCAAACUCUUCGACGUCGCCCGGAGUCGAGUUCCGUUGGGGAAUCUGAUCCCAGCGCCGCGGCCUCGCCUCGCCUCCAACAACAACGUCAAGAAGAAAAACUAGCGGCGGCACCGUCGUCCUGAUCAUGUGACACUUUCUCUCCCCUCCCCCUCCUCUCCCUCUGUCCUUUCUCGCUCUCCGCUCUGAGGCGUGUGCAUCAGUUUUUGUUUAGAUGAAGGGUCCUCGUUGCGUUUGAUGUAUUUUAUUGUGUAGUGGGCGGGGUUUAAGUAUUUAUUGGUGGGCGGGGCCAUUGUCGACAUCAACCAUUCCCAAUGUAUGUGAAUGAAGAGCGUGACCACACCCACUUCUUCCUCGAGGACGAGUCGCGAAGUUCCUCUCUCUGACGCAGAAGUACUCUAACCUUUUGUCGCAAGAGUCCGACGUAACGACAGUUUCCGCCGUGAAAAUCGAAUUAAAAUGAGAUGAAGUAAAAGAAUUAUCGUAAAAACAAACGCUCCGUCAGUUUGGCCAUUCAACCAAUGACCAAAGUACGAUCACGUGACGCGUUUCCAGCUGUGUCGGUGUGGAGGCGGAGUCUUAUGGUUUUGUCAAAUCUCAGUAAAUCUUUGUUCUUGCAAAAGUUCGUAGAAAAACUUGAUUUGAUUUUUGAGUCAAAGGAAGUGAAAAACGUAAGUUUCCGUCUGACUGAACCACCGUAACGAACUUUACUGACUGACCAAAAGAAUCUUUUUUUUCUUUUUUUUUUCUCCAUCGUAAUACUUUAUUUUACGAUUUAUUAGCUUUGAACAAAAAUCCUGAUUUUUCCAGUAUUUAGCUGUUGUUUUUCCGAUAAACCGCACUUUGUUUACGAGUGACGAUGACAUCACUGAUCCAGUCGUCUGAUCUCCCAAAGUAAACGAUAGUAAAUAUGUAAAUGAACCAAAAUGACGUCUCUCUUAAAUUAUCUUCAGAAUAUUUUUGUUGUAUUUGGCUCCGGCGUUUUCAACCUUUUAAUCUGCUUGUAACUGUGAGUGCCCCCUUCUGCUGAGAACCAGCCAGAGAGGCAGAGACUCACUCUCAGUAAAAACAUGACUGAUUUUAACCACUCGACAAAAAACUCGGCCAAAAUAAUCUACGUCCCUGUCCCACACCAAACCUCAUAGAGAAAGUCAGUGAUUUUAGCUCGCGGGGAGCUGCUGGUCUACUGCUGCCUCGUGUG